AUGAUACCAUCAAAUUCCAAUCAUAAUGAAGUCGCUGUUGAUAUACAACAGUUGGACAACAGUAACAGUAGCCCUAGUAGUAGUGUUGUUCAAACAAACCCAAUGAGUAGACCAACUUAUAGACCAUCCAAUCCACCAAAGUCCAUCAUUCUAUUCGAUGGCAUCUGUAAUGUAUGCGAUGGAUUCAUUCACUUUGUGUAUCCUCGCGACACCCAGAAACGCUUCUCCUACCAAGCACUGCAAUCAGUCAAAGGCGGAGAGAUCCUCGAUUACUACGGCAUACCCAAAGAUCUAUCCACCAUCGUUCUCAUCGAAGAGGAGUCCAACACACAUUAUACCAAAUCCACAGCAGUCCUACGUGUACUCUACUAUCUAAAGAAUCCAUACCCUCUGAUGUAUACAUUCUACUACCUACCAAGAUUCUUCCGUGACUUUUGUUAUGGUACAUUUGCAAACUACCGAUAUCUGAUCAUGGGAAAGAAGGAUGUAUGUGGCUUCAACCCUGGUCUAAAGGAUCGUUUCAUCGACUUUAGGAGUCCAAUCAUUGAUGAUGAUACUCCAGAUGAAACAAAAGAGAUGUGA